UGCAUAUCUCAUGGCUUCUCCUUCUUCUCUCAAGUCUCGUAAUUACAGAUUCAACAUCUUCUCGAGCUUCCACGGGCCCGACGUCCGUAAAUCAUUUCUCAGUCACUUGCGCAAACAGUUUAACUACAACGGGAUCACAAUGUUUGAUGAUCAAGGGAUUGAAAGAAGUGAGACAAUCGCGCCUUCACUCAUACAAGCGAUAAGAGAAUCGAGGAUCUUGAUUGUGAUUCUCUCAACUAACUAUGCUUCUUCAAGUUGGUGUUUGAAUGAAUUGGUGGAGAUUAUGGAGUGCAAGAAAGUUAUGGGACAGAUAGUGAUGACCAUAUUUUACGGAGUGGAUCCAACCCAUGUAAGGAAACAAAUCGGCGAUUUUGGGAAAGCUUUCAGUGAAACAUGUUCUCGUAAUACCGAUGUGGAGAUGCGGAAAUGGAGCAAAGCUUUGACUGAUGUGAGUAACAUACUCGGAGAACACUUACUAAACUGGGACAAUGAAGCAAACAUGAUCGAAAAGGUUGCAGGAGAUGUUUCGCGCAAACUAAAUGCUACACCGUCUAGGGAUUUUGCAGACAUGGUGGGACUUGAAGAACACUUGAAGAAAAUUGAGUUUUUAUUACAUUUAAAUCAUGAUGAUGGAGCUAUGAUUGUUGGAAUCUGUGGCCCUGCAGGCAUUGGUAAGACUACUAUUGCCAGAGCUUUACAUAGCCUACUCUCUAGUAGUUUUCAGCUUAGUUGUUUUAUGGAGAAUCUUAGGGGAAGCUAUAAUAGUGGUCUUGACGAGUAUGGAUUAAAGUUGUGUCUACAACAACAACUUCUUUCAAAGAUUUUAAACCAAAACGGUAUGAGGGUAUACCAUUUAGGUGCGAUACAUGAAAGGCUAUGCGAUCGAAAAGUGCUUAUCAUUCUUGAUGAUGUGAAUGAUCUUAAGCAGUUAGAGGCUUUGGCUGAUGAAACUAGGUGGUUUGGUCCUGGAAGCAGGAUUAUCGUAACCACAGAAGAUCAAGAGCUUUUGCAGCAGCAUGGUAUCAAUAAUACAUACCAGGUGGGUUUCCCAUCUAAAGAAAUUUCUCUUAAGAUCUUAUGUAGAUAUGCUUUUCGACAAAGCUUUCCACAUCAUGGAUUUAAAGAGCUUGCAUUAAGACUAACAAAGCUUUGUGGUAAUCUUCCAUUGGGUCUACGUGUGGUGGGUUCUUCUUUACGUGGGAAGAAGGAAGAGGAAUGGGAAGAAGUAAUGUGCAGGCUAGAAACUAUUCUUGAUCAUCGAGAUAUUGAAGAAGUACUAAGAGUUGGAUAUGAGAGUUUACAUGAGAAUGAGAAAUCUCUAUUUCUUCACAUUGCGGUCUUUUUUAACCAUAAAGAUGGUGAUAUUGUUAAUGCAAUGCUCGCUGAAACUAACUUGGAUAUCAAACAUGGGUUGAGAAUCCUAGUAAAUAAAUCUCUCAUAUAUAUAUCUACUAAAAGGGAAAUAGUGAUGCACAAGUUACUACAACAAGUGGGUAGACAGGUCAUUCAUAGACAAGAGCCUUGGAAACGCCAAAUCUUAAUUGAUGCACAUGAGAUAUGUGAUGUCCUUGAAAAUGAUACAGGUAAUAGAGCUGUGUCCGGCAUAUCAUUUGAUACAUCAGGAAUCGCUGAAGUUAUCAUAAGUGAUAGAGCUCUUAGAAGAAUGAGUAAUCUUCGAUUUCUUAGUGUUUACAAAACAAGAUACAAUGGGAAUGAUAGAGUGCACAUACCUGAGGAGAUAGAGUUUCCACCUCGUUUGAGGUUACUGCAUUGGGAGGCAUACCCGAAAAAGAGUCUUCCACUUAGAUUCUGCUUGGAAAAUCUUGUUGAGCUUUACAUGCGGGAUAGCCAGCUCGAGAAGCUUUGGGAAGGAGCUCAGCCGCUAACAAAUCUCAAGAAGAUGGAUUUUUCAUCGUCUCGAAAGUUAAAAGAACUCCCAGAUCUUUCAAAUGCUACAAAUUUGAAGAGAUUGCAACUAAAUGGUUGCACAAGUUUGGUCGAAAUUCCGUCAACUAUUGCAAAUCUUCAUAAACUAGAAGACUUGGUGAUGAAUUCUUGCGUAAAUCUAGAAGUUGUUCCAACUCACAUCAACUUAGCAUCUCUUGAGAGGAUCUACAUGAUUGGAUGCUCACGACUAAGAACGUUUCCAGAUAUGUCUACAAACAUUAGCCAACUUCUUAUGUCAGAAACAGCGGUAGAAAAAGUGCCUGCAUCGAUUAGGCUAUGGUCUCGUCUUUCCUAUGUUGAUAUAAGAGGCAGUGGAAAUCUGAAGACCUUAACACAUUUCCCUGAAAGCCUAUGGUCUCUGGACCUAAGCUAUACUGAUAUUGAGAAGAUUCCAUAUUGCAUCAAACGUAUCCAUCACCUACAAAGCCUUGAAGUAACGGGGUGCAGAAAACUCGCAUCUUUGCCUGAGCUUCCUUCUUCGCUCAGACUUUUAAUGGCAGAAGAUUGUAAAUCAUUGGAGAACGUAACUUCCCCUCUAAGAACUCCAAAUGCGAAACUCAAUUUCACCAACUGUUUUAAACUUGGUGGAGAAUCAAGAAGAGUAAUUAUCCAAAGUUUGUUUCUCUACGAGUUUGUUUGCUUACCAGGAAGAGAAAUGCCUCCAGAGUUCAAUCACCAAGCCAGAGGUAAUUCUUUAACCAUUAUAAAUGAGAAAGAUUGCUCGUUUUCUGGAUCUUCCAAGUUCAAGGUUUGUGUCAUGAUUUCGCCUAACCAUCACCAUCAUACAAAAGAAAACAGAGAACUUCGUUUGAAGUAUGGAAUCAUAGGCAAGAGCGGAUAUAGAUAUCCUAUUUUCAUAGUACACCCUCGUGAAUCUCCUGGAAUUAGAACAGAUCAUCUUUGUAUAUUUCAUUGUGACUUUCCCGGAGAAGAGAUAUUACUUGACGUGGGCAGCAAGAUAUUGUUUGAAUUCAGCAGCCGGUACUGCGAGAUUAUAGAAUGUGGUGUAAGAAUCCUAACCAAGGAUGAGGAGGGAAGCAACAACAAUAGAAGCAAUAAAUAUAGACUAGACCAAGUUUCUGAAGACAAAGAUAACUGGAGCUACGAGUUUGAACCUGGCGAGGUCUCGAGCACAAAUGGACUAACUUGUGAGUCGAUAUUAGACAAGGUAUCUGAUGAAGAAGAAGACAAUGUCGAAGGAAAGGAGCAUACAAACUGUUGGAGUUGGCUAUUCGCAUGCUUUAAUCUCUUCCAUAUUGGAUGUUUGGGUUGGGGAACAAAACGAUAGAAUCUAGAAAUGAGUUGUUUGGCAAGAUGAUAACUUUGCCACUUGUUGGGCAAAAUGUAUUUAGAGUUCUAUAGUUUCUUAGUGAUUAAAUAUUUUAUCCUCAUGGGUGAUUUAUAAUGUGGAAACAACUUGCUUGAUCCAUAAGCGACAUAAGAUUUGGAAACU